AUAGUUGCCCCCUUUUGGAACCCCCGUUGAUUUAACCCUGUGUUGAGCCCGAGGAAAUAUGAGCCAAGUAGAUGGCGCAUUAUCCAAUGAGAAUUAAAUAAAGAGUCACGUGGUUUUGUUAUUAUUGCCAAACAUUGAUUCGAGGACACACGUUUUUAGUCCUUUGGAGCCCCUUUGGAUUUUAAUUGAUCUUGCAUUUGUAUCCAUUAUUGGACUCUGAAAAUUCAAAGAUGCCAAGAGGCAAUCCAGGUGUAAAGCGCAAGGCGACAACGGACGCCACAAGAUCUAAAAGUAAAAAAGAAAACAGCUGUUACAGUAAGAAGCACUCCGUCAGAGUCUCACGAAAGGGACGCGGACCCACCGAUGACCUUUAAUGCCUUGUCCUCGGCAAUCAACUAUGAGGAACUGGCAAGACAUAUCGUGAGGGAACAGGACAAAGUGAGAGCAUCCCAGUCUACAGUCUCGGCUGUCACUCAAGACGCAGUGAACUCCACCACAACAAACAAUGUCAAUCAAACUGCCACGCAAAAUCCGGAAGGAUCUCAGACUCCAACCAAUGCAGCUAAAGAAAGUGGUUCCUCAGGUGCGGUCCAGGCCAGCAUACCUACUUCCAAUGCUCAACUCGCUGACGCUACCAAAUCAACACCUGAAAACUCGGACAAUGUUAACACAAUUUUAGACGCUAUUUUUAUGCGAGGCAGCCCGGCAGUUGGCACCACAUCUGGUGGAAGAUCAAACACCCAUACCAGGCUGUCUGCUGCACAUUUGACCAGUGAGGCACAAUCUCUACUCUCCGCAUCAUUAUCAUCUUCCACACAAGCAGCAUACAGAAGAUCAUGGCAGCUCCUUCAAUCAUUUCAAGUUAAUACAUCAUUACCAUUACAGGUGGCAGAUAUUUGCAACUUCAUUGCUCAUCUCCAUGGCUCCCAUUUUAGUGCAAGUACAAUAUCUUCUCAUAUAUCAGCACUAAGCUAUGUUUACAAGCUACUUGGUUUACCUGACCCUACACAAAUGUUUAUUGUCAAAACAAUAUUAAGAGGUAGUCACAAAUUGUCUCACACUGCAGAUUCACGCCUUCCAAUUACUAUAGAUAUUUUAGAACAAAUUAUUAAGGCUCUGCCAAGUACUGUCCCUGUUUUGGACCAUCAUAUCAUGUUAAAAGCCCUUUUCUUACUCUGUUUUCAUGCAUUCCUUAGGAUGGGUGAGGUUACUGUGAAGCAGGGUGCUGCCCACAACAAGGUCAUUCAGGUGCAAGAUAUAACAUUUCAAUUCAAAGAUCAAAAGCCCUGCAGUGUUCAGUUAGUUUUGCGUCACUUUAAAACUCAAAAGAUGAAUGAGCCUAUAAUAAUUUGCUUAGAGAGUUCUGCCAAGUCAGAAAUAGGUCCUGUCAAUGCAUUAUAUGUUUAUCAGUCUCGAUAUUCACAUCGCUCAGGCCCACUUUUUCAAUUUAAAGAUGGCACACCACUUUCAUAUAAUUAUGUUUCCAAGCAACUUGCAGCCUCAGUAAAAUUUACAGGUCUGAAUCCAGCAUUAUACAAAGGUCAUAGUUUCCGAAUUGGAGCUGUAACUUAUGCUGCUCAAAAAGGGUACUCCGAGAAUUAUAUACAGCAACUGGGUCGUUGGAACUCUAAUGCUUUGAAGCGUUAUAUUCGAAUCCCUGCUUUCUGUUUGAUAUCCUUGUCCGUAGUUACUACCCAAUGUAAUACUUGAUAAUAGGUCAGUGUUUUACUGCUAUCUUACUA